CCUCCUCAGAGAGCCGAUGAGAGCCGCACCCUGAGCAGCCGCCGCCCCAGCACCCAUGUGCGCCCGGAGGGAAUGAAGCAUGGAUGUGAAGGAGCGCAGGCCCUACUGCUCCCUGACCAAGGGCAGGCGCGAGAAGGAGCGGCGGCACACCAACUCCUCGGCCGACAACGAGGAGUGCCGGGUGCCCACGCAGAAGUCCUACAGCUCCAGCGAGACCCUCAAGGCCUUCGACCACGACUCCUCCCGGCUGCUCUACGGGACCCGCGUGAAGGACCUGGUGCACCGGGAAGCCGAUGAGUUCAGCAGACAAGGACAGAAUUUUACCCUAAGGCAGUUAGGCGUGUGUGAACCAGCAACCCGAAGAGGACUGGCCUUUUGUGCGGAAAUGGGGCUGCCCCACAGAGGUUACUCUCUCAGUGCAGGGUCCGACGCCGACACCGAGAACGAAGCGGUGAUGUCCCCCGAGCACGCCAUGCGGCUGUGGGGCCGGGGCGCCAAGUCCGGCCGCAGCUCCUGCCUGUCCAGCCGCUCCAACUCGGCCCUCACGCUCACCGACACGGAGCACGACAACAAGUCCGACAGCGAGAGCGAGCAACCUGCCAACGGCCAAGGCCAGUCCACCCUGCAGCCGCUGCCCCCGCCCCACAAGCAGCACGCGGCCCAGCACCACCCGUCCGCCACCUCCCUCCACAGGAGCUCCCUGACCAGCAGGAGGAACCCCAGCCCGGCCCCGCCGGCCGCGCUGCCCGCCGAGCUGCAAACCACGCCCGAGUCCGUCCAGCUGCAGGACAGCUGGGUCCUUGGCAGUAAUGUUCCACUGGAGAGCAGGCACUUCCUAUUCAAAACAGGGACGGGCACCACGCCGCUGUUCAGCACCGCAACCCCAGGAUACACCAUGGCUUCGGGCUCCGUGUACUCGCCGCCCACCCGGCCGCUGCCCAGAAACACGCUGUCCAGAAGCGCUUUCAAGUUCAAGAAGUCCUCCAAGUACUGCAGCUGGAAGUGCACGGCGCUAUGCGCACUCGGCGUGUCCGUGCUCCUGGCCGUGCUCCUGUCCUACUUCAUAGCGAUGCACCUCUUCGGCCUCAACUGGCAGCUGCAGCAGACGGAGAACGACACGUUUGAGAACGGGAAGGUGAACGCGGAGGCCGUGCCCACGCACACCGUGGCGCUGCCCGCCGGCGACAGCGGAAAAUUGGGCGGAUUCACACAGGAAAAUAACACCAUAGACUCCGGAGAACUUGAUAUCGGCCGGAGAGCCGUGCAAGAGGUGCCUCCCGGAGUCUUCUGGCGAUCACAGCUCUUUAUCGACCAGCCGCAGUUUCUGAAAUUCAAUAUCUCCCUUCAGAAGGACGCACUGAUCGGCGUGUACGGCCGGAAAGGCUUGCCGCCUUCCCAUACUCAGUACGACUUUGUGGAGCUCCUGGACGGCAGCAGGCUGAUCGCGAGAGAGCGGAACCUUCUGGAGUCAGAGCGAGCCGGGCGGCGGGCGCGGUCCGUGAGCCUCCACGAGGCCGGCUUCAUCCAGUACCUGGACUCGGGCAUCUGGCAUCUGGCCUUCUACAACGACGGGAAGAACGUGGAGCAGGUGUCCUUCAACACCAUCGUCAUCGAGUCCGUGGUGGAAUGCCCCCGGAACUGCCAUGGGAACGGAGAGUGCGUGUCGGGCACUUGCCAUUGUUUCCCGGGAUUUCUGGGUCCGGAUUGCUCCAGAGCAGCCUGCCCCGUGCUGUGCAGUGGCAACGGGCAGUACUCCAAGGGCCGCUGCCUGUGCUUCAGCGGCUGGAAGGGCACCGAGUGCGACGUGCCCACCACGCAGUGCAUCGACCCGCAGUGCAGCGGCCGCGGCGUCUGCAUCAUGGGCUCCUGCGCCUGCAACUCGGGCUACAAGGGCGAGAACUGCGAGGAAGCUGACUGCCUGGACCCCGGCUGUUCGAACCACGGCGUGUGCAUCCACGGGGAGUGCCACUGCCACCCAGGCUGGGGGGGCAGCAACUGUGAGAUCCUGAAGACCAUGUGCCCGGACCAGUGCUCUGGGCACGGCACGUACCUCCAGGACAGCGGCUCCUGCACCUGUGACCCCAGCUGGACCGGCCCGGACUGCUCGAACGAGAUCUGCUCCGUGGACUGCGGCUCGCACGGCGUCUGCAUGGGGGGCACGUGUCGCUGCGAGGAAGGCUGGACGGGCCCCGCAUGCAACCAGAGAGCCUGCCACCCCCGCUGCGCAGAGCACGGGACCUGCAAGGACGGCAAGUGCGAGUGCAGCCAGGGCUGGAACGGGGAGCACUGCACCAUCGCUCACUAUUUGGAUAAGAUAGUUAAAGCAGACAAGAUAGGAUAUAAAGAGGGCUGCCCCGGGCUCUGCAACAGCAACGGCAGGUGCACGCUGGACCAGAACGGCUGGCACUGCGUCUGCCAGCCCGGCUGGCGCGGAGCGGGCUGCGACGUGGCCAUGGAGACCCUCUGCACGGACGGCAAGGACAACGAAGGAGAUGGCCUCACCGACUGCAUGGACCCCGACUGCUGCCUGCAGAGCUCCUGCCAGAGCCAGCCGUACUGCCGCGGCCGGCCCGACCCGCAGGAUGUCAUCAGCCAGAGCCCGCAGUCCCCAUCCCAGCAGGCGGCCAAGUCCUUCUACGAGCGCAUCGGCUUCCUCACCGGCGCCGACAGCACCCACGUCAUCCCUGGCGAGAGCCCCUUCAACAAGAGCCUCGCGUCCGUCAUCAGAGGCCAAGUGCUGACGGCGGACGGAACGCCACUCAUUGGCGUCAACGUCUCGUUCUUCCAUUACCCGGAGUACGGCUACACCAUCACCCGGCAGGACGGCAUGUUUGACCUGGUGGCUAACGGCGGGGCCUCUCUCACGCUGGUGUUUGAGCGAUCCCCGUUCCUCACUCAGUACCACACCGUGUGGAUCCCCUGGAACGUCUUCUACGUCAUGGACACGCUGGUCAUGAAGAAGGAGGAGAACGACAUCCCCAGCUGUGAUCUGAGUGGGUUUGUGAGGCCCAACCCCAUCAUCGUGUCAUCGCCGUUAUCCACCUUCUUCCGGUCUUCCCCCGAAGACAGCCCCAUCAUCCCGGAGACGCAGGUGCUCCACGAAGAGACCACAAUCCCGGGGACAGACCUGAGGCUGUCCUACCUGAGCUCCAGAGCCGCCGGGUACAAGUCCGUCCUCAAGGUCACCAUGACGCAGGCCGUGAUACCCUUCAACCUGAUGAAGGUCCACCUCAUGGUAGCUGUCGUGGGAAGACUCUUUCAGAAGUGGUUCCCCGCCUCCCCGAACCUGGCCUACACCUUCCUCUGGGACAAAACAGACGCGUAUAACCAGAAGGUCUAUGGUCUGUCCGAAGCUGUCGUGUCGGUGGGAUACGAGUACGAGUCGUGCUUGGACCUGACCCUGUGGGAGAAGAGGACAGCCAUUCUGCAAGGCUACGAGCUGGAUGCCUCCAACAUGGGCGGCUGGACGCUGGACAAGCAUCACGUGCUGGACGUGCAGAACGGCAUCCUGUACAAGGGGAACGGCGAGAACCAGUUCAUCUCCCAGCAGCCCCCGGUGGUCAGCAGCAUCAUGGGCAACGGGCGCCGGCGCAGCAUCUCCUGCCCCAGCUGCAACGGGCAGGCGGACGGCAACAAGCUGCUGGCCCCUGUGGCCCUGGCCUGCGGCAUCGAUGGCAGCCUCUAUGUGGGCGACUUCAACUACGUGCGCCGCAUCUUCCCCUCCGGAAACGUGACCAGCGUGCUGGAGCUGAGAAAUAAAGAUUUUAGACAUAGCAGCAACCCAGCUCACAAAUACUACCUAGCCACUGACCCCGUGACCGGAGACUUGUACGUUUCGGACACCAACACCCGCAGGAUCUACCGCCCCAAGUCGCUGACGGGGGCAAAGGACCUGACGAAGAAUGCCGACGUGGUCGCGGGGACCGGGGAGCAGUGCCUGCCCUUCGAUGAAGCCCGGUGUGGGGACGGGGGCAAGGCUGUGGAGGCGACACUCAUGAGUCCCAAAGGAAUGGCGGUUGACAAGAAUGGACUGAUCUACUUCGUUGAUGGGACCAUGAUCAGAAAAGUUGACCAGAACGGGAUCAUCUCGACCCUCCUGGGCUCGAAUGACCUGACGUCGGCCAGACCUUUAACCUGUGACACAAGCAUGCACAUCAGCCAGGUGCGUCUGGAGUGGCCCACCGACCUGGCCAUCAACCCCAUGGACAACUCCAUCUACGUGCUGGACAACAACGUGGUGCUGCAGAUCACCGAGAACCGCCAGGUGCGCAUCGCCGCCGGCCGGCCCAUGCACUGCCAGGUGCCCGGCGUGGAGUACUCGGCGGGCAAGCUGGCCGUGCAGACCACGCUGGAGUCCGCCACGGCCAUCGCCGUGUCCUACAGCGGCGUGCUCUACAUCGCCGAGACCGACGAGAAGAAGAUCAACCGCAUCCGGCAGGUCACCACCGACGGCGAGAUCUCCCUGGUGGCCGGCGUGCCAUCCGAGUGCGACUGCAAGAACGACGCCAACUGCGACUGCUACCAGGCGGGCGACGGCUACGCCAAGGACGCCAGGCUCAGCGCCCCGUCGUCCCUGGCCGCGUCCCCCGACGGCACGCUGUACGUGGCGGACCUGGGCAACAUCCGCAUCCGGGCCGUGUCCAGGAACCGACCCUCCCUCAGCUCCGCGAACGCCUACGAGGUGGCCUCGCCUGCCGACCAGGAGCUCUACAUCUUCGACGUCAACGGCACGCACCAGUACACGCUGAGCCUGGUCACCGGCGACUACCUGUACAACUUCAGCUACAGCAACGACAACGACAUCACCGCCGUGACCGACAGCAGCGGCAACACCCUGCGCAUCCGGCGCGACCCCAACCGCAUGCCGGUGCGCGUGGUGUCCCCCGACAACCAGGUGAUCUGGCUGACCAUCGGCACCAACGGCUGCCUCAAGAGCAUGACCGCACAGGGCCUGGAGCUGGUCCUGUUCACCUACCACGGCAACAGCGGGCUGCUGGCCACCAAGAGCGACGAGACCGGGUGGACCACCUUCUUCGACUACGACAGCGAAGGCCGCCUGACCAACGUCACCUUCCCCACGGGAGUGGUCACCAAUCUCCACGGCGACAUGGACCGGGCCAUCACCGUGGACCUGGAGUCGUCCAGCAGAGACGAGGACGUCAGCAUCACCUCCAACCUGUCCUCCAUCGACUCCUUCUACACCAUGGUCCAAGACCAGCUGAGGAACAGCUACCAGGUCGGCUACGACGGCUCCCUGAGGAUCAUCUACGCCAGCGGGCUCGACUCCCACUACCAGACGGAGCCGCACGUGCUGGCCGGCACCGCCAACCCCACCAUGGCCAAGAGGAACAUGACCCUGCCCGGGGAGAACGGCCAGAACCUGGUGGAGUGGCGGUUCCGGAAGGAGCAGGCCCAAGGGAAGGUCAACGUCUUCGGCCGAAAGCUCAGGGUCAACGGCAGGAAUCUCCUCUCCGUGGACUUCGACCGCACCACCAAGACGGAGAAGAUCUACGACGACCACCGCAAGUUCCUGCUGCGCAUCGCCUACGACAGCUCGGGGCACCCCACGCUCUGGCUGCCCAGCAGCAAGCUGAUGGCCGUCAACGUCACCUACGCGUCCACGGGCCAGAUCGCCAGCAUCCAGCGCGGCACCACCAGCGAGAAGGUGGACUACGACGGCCAGGGCCGCAUCGUGUCCCGCGUCUUCGCCGACGGCAAGACCUGGAGCUACACGUACUUGGAGAAGUCCAUGGUGCUGCUGCUGCACAGCCAGCGCCAGUACAUCUUCGAGUACGACCUGUGGGACCGGCUGGCGGCCAUCACCAUGCCCAGCGUGGCGCGCCACACCAUGCAGACCAUGCGCUCCAUCGGCUACUACCGCAACAUCUACAACCCGCCCGAGAGCAACGCCUCGGUCAUCACCGACUUCACGGAGGAGGGGCUGCUGCUGCAGACAGCCUUCCUGGGCACCAGCCGGCGCGUGCUCUUCAAGUACCGCCGGCAGACGCGGCUCUCCGAGGUCCUCUACGACAGCACGCGCGUCAGCUUCACCUACGACGAGGCGGCCGGCGUGCUCAAGACGGUGAACCUGCAGAGCGAGGGCUUCAUCUGCACCAUCCGCUACCGGCAGGUCGGGCCCCUCGUCGACCGGCAGAUCUUCCGCUUCAGCGAGGACGGCAUGGUCAACGCGCGCUUCGACUACAGCUACGACAACAGCUUCCGCGUCACCAGCAUGCAGGGCGUCAUCAACGAGACGCCGCUGCCCAUCGACCUCUACCAGUUCGACGACAUCUCGGGCAAGGUGGAGCAGUUCGGCAAGUUCGGCGUCAUCUACUACGACAUCAACCAGAUCAUCUCCACGGCCGUGAUGACCUACACCAAGCACUUCGACGCCCACGGCCGCAUCAAGGAGAUCCAGUACGAGAUCUUCCGCUCGCUCAUGUACUGGAUCACCAUCCAGUACGACAGCAUGGGCCGCGUCACCAAGCGCGAGAUCAAGAUCGGGCCCUUCGCCAACACCACCAAGUACGCCUACGAGUACGACGUGGACGGCCAGCUGCAGACCGUGUACCUCAACGAGAAGAUCAUGUGGCGCUACAACUACGACCUCAACGGCAACCUGCACCUGCUGAACCCCAGCAGCAGCGCCCGCCUCACACCGCUGCGCUACGACCUGCGGGACCGCAUCACGCGCCUCGGGGACGUGCAGUACCGGCUGGACGAGGACGGCUUCCUGCGGCAGCGGGGCACCGAGAUCUUCGAGUACAGCUCCAAGGGGCUGCUCACGCGCGUCUACAGCAAGGGCAGCGGCUGGACCGUGGUCUACCGCUACGACGGCCUGGGCCGGCGCGUGUCCAGCAAGACCAGCCUCGGGCAGCACCUGCAGUUCUUCUACGCCGACCUCACCUACCCGACGCGCAUCACCCACGUCUACAACCACUCCAGCUCCGAGAUCACCUCCCUCUACUACGACCUGCAGGGCCACCUGUUCGCCAUGGAGAUCAGCAGCGGCGAGGAGUUCUACAUCGCCUCCGACAACACGGGCACGCCGCUGGCCGUCUUCAGCAGCAACGGGCUCAUGCUGAAGCAGGUGCAGUACACGGCCUACGGCGAGGUCUACUUCGACUCCAACGUGGACUUCCAGCUGGUCAUCGGCUUCCACGGCGGCCUGUACGACCCGCUCACCAAGCUCAUCCACUUCGGGGAGCGGGACUACGACAUCCUGGCGGGGCGGUGGACGACGCCCGACAUCGAGAUCUGGAGGCGGAUCGGGAAGGACCCGGCCCCCUUCAACCUGUACAUGUUCCGGAACAACAACCCCGCGAGCAAAAUCCACGACGUGAAGGACUACAUCACAGAUGUGAACAGCUGGCUGGUGACGUUCGGCUUCCACCUGCACAACGCCAUCCCCGGGUUCCCCGUCCCCAAGUUUGACCUGACGGAGCCCUCCUACGAGCUGGUGAAGAGCCAGCAGUGGGACGACGUCCCGCCCAUCUUCGGCGUGCAGCAGCAGGUGGCGCGGCAGGCCAAGGCCUUCCUGUCGCUGGGGAAGCUGGCGGAGGUGCCGCCGGCCAGCCGGCGCGGCGGCGGCGGGGGCGCGCCGUCCUGGCUGUGGUUCGCCACGGUGCGCUCGCUGCUGGGCAAGGGCGUCAUGCUGGCCGUGAGCCGCGGCCGCGUGCAGACCAACGUGCUCAACGUGGCCAACGAGGACUGCAUCAAGGUGGCGGCCGUGCUGAACCACGCGCUGUACCUGCAGGACCUGCACUUCACCGUGGAGGGCCGCGACACGCACCACUUCAUCAAGACCAGCUCGCCCGAGGCCGACCUGGGCGCGCUGCGCCUCACCAGCGGCCGCCGCGCGCUCGAGAACGGCGUCAACGUGACGGUGUCGCAGUCCACCACCGUGGUCAACGGCCGCACGCGCCGCUUCGCCGACGUGGAGCUGCAGUUCGGCGCGCUGGCGCUGCACGUGCGCUACGGCGCGUCGCUGGACGAGGAGCGCGCGCGCGUGCUGGAGCAGGCGCGGCAGCGCGCGCUCGCGGGGGCCUGGGCGCGCGAGCAGCGGCGCGUGCGCGACGGCGAGGAGGGCGCGCGGCCCUGGACGGAGGGCGAGAAGCGGCAGCUGCUGAGCGCCGGCAAGGUGCAGGGCUACGACGGCUACUACGUGCUGUCCGUGGAGCAGUACCCCGAGCUGGCCGACAGCGCCAACAACAUCCAGUUCCUGCGGCAGAGCGAGAUCGGCAAGAGGUAACCCCUGGUCCCCGGCACGGGCGCGGGGGCAGGCGCAGGGGCUGGGGGCGCGCACGGCCCCCGCGCCCUCCACGGCUCAGAUCUGUCUGUAGCACAAUCCGACCGACCGACCGACCGACCGACCGACAGGGACUCCCUCCAGCGGCGCAGAAGAGCCUUCCGCCAGAAGGAGACCGCUAUGUUCAAGGAGAAAAAAAAAAACAUUUCAAGGAAGAGAAAAAAUAAAAGACACACACACACACAGAAAACCCCUUUUCUGAAGGACCUUAAAGGUGAUCGGCUUUAACGAAUAUGUUUACAUACGCAUAUCGCUGCACUCAGUAAAAGGAACGAAUAAGGAGAGGACAACGGACAAAAGGCCCUCCCGCUUGGCCCGGGGCCAUCUGUUCCCUGGGGGGCGCUGACUCCGAGAGGGUAACAAUGAGGACAGUGCUUCCCGGGGUCGACCUUGGCCUGCAGGGAAGCAGUCUCUGCCUAGGGUGUGAUAUAUAUAGAGAGACAUAUAUAUCUGUGUUCAUGUUAAAGCGGGGGACGGAAUUCUAGGCAACCCGACUGCGCGCCCGGGCUGCUUAUAACGGGACGUGGGCACACGUGACUUGUGCUCCGAGGGGGACUGACCUCCUGCUGCAUUUCGCAAUGCUCCCGGGGUUUGCCCCAGGGGCCAAAAAAAAACACACAAAAACAAAAACUGGCAGAUACAAUCCUUGCCACUGAUAAGCAAAGGAAACCCUGAUUUUUUUGUAAAUUAUGUGAGACGAGUUGUUUAUGGAUUUUUUAUAUGAAUUACAAUUUACUGUACAUCAAAUAUUAGUCUCAGAGGAGUUAAUUUAUGUAAAGUGUUUAAAAAAGUUUAUACUUAAAAAAAUAAAACGAUAAAAACAUGUGACCUGUGUGAUUUUUUUAAGAAAUUAAAAAAAAAAAAAAAAGGAUUGCACCUUUUGUUACCGGUUAUAGCUGUACAGUAUAAAGGACUAUAUUGUAGAGAUAUAACGGCUCACGCCUAUAACAUCCAGAAGUGUUCAUAUUUUUGUAUUCAGUUGAAAAAGUCGUGCAGCUUUCUAACGCUAGGCGGGUAGGACAGUGCGGUCCUGGGUGGGUGGCGAACCAGAGAGCUGCUCCUCCUCCCCUCUCUCUCAGGCCGCUGUCCUCGCCGACAGUCACCGGGAGGCACCGUAGGACACUAAGGCUGGUGGAAGGUAAUGGAAGGUACGAAAUAAAAAACAGCAGGCAGGAGGCGUUCCCGCUGCCAUCCCUGGGCCCUCAAAGACCGUGGGGGGUGGAUGGAAUUUAACCACAGGGUUCCUCCAAGCUCCAUUCCUUGGUGGAGCCGGGACACCACUCCGGGUGCUCCAGGAAACCGUGAGAAGGAAAGGAUCCGAUGUGGCCAAGACCAUAAACGUGUCUUGAGGUCAAGGGAAGACGGCAGAAAACCCAGCAGGUGGGAGAGAGCCACAUGGGGGAGGUCCGAGUCCCUCGCUAGCCUUGUGUGUGGAUCCCAGGGCCACCAAGAGGGACCCCAAAGGCGAGACCAAAGCUCCCGUAAGCCCACAGGCCCCAGCCACCCAGGGAGCCGUUUUAAACGGCCACCGGCCGCACCUCCGUGCCCGCUCGGCCGCUCUCGCCAACCUCUUCCGUGAGCGCUAAAUUCAGCCACAAAAAUAUUUUUUAGAAAAAGAUUUCCCAGUUCAUUGAGCUAUAGUACACACUGUUUCCCUCCCUGUAUAAUGGUGAUAAAAUAUAGCGAGUGAACAUGUCGUAACUAUAAAGGUUCCAGUGACGUAUUGAAAAUAAUUUUCUAACCGCUAUGUAUGUAUCACAUACCCGAAGUUGCACAGUAGGCGUGUUUAUUCAAACAGGUUUGGCUGGGAAGCGUCUCCAAUAGCUGCUGAAUGGACCGUCUCAGUGCUAUGACUUGUCUGUGUGUGUUUGGUAGAGCAUACUGAGGUCAUUAAUCUCCUAACGAAUGCUGGUAUUUUAUUAGAAUGAAAGCACAGAGUAGCGUUGGUAUUUUUUAUUCUGGAGAUCCUUUGCGAGCGUUACGAAGCCCCAAUCUAGAAAACUAUGAGAUUUCAGACCCACCCCGACAUGGCUGUUCCCCGCUUUCUGUUCUCGCUGCUGGCUUGGGCGCCUCGGUGGGACUGUGUAGCAUGCUGUACGUACUUUUGGUUGAAAUGGGCGCUGAGUCUGACUUCUCAGAAACGACCCUGAGAAGUGAAAUCCUAAUCUUGCCCUCCUCCCCACACGGACUGGUCCAUCCCACUGGCCCAUGACCACAGAUUUACAGUCCCUCCUGGUGCUUAUUUUAGAUGAAGUCAAAUCAACCCAAUCCAUGUCUUGUUCAUAGGUAUCAUGAGCCUAUUUCUUUCUUAAAAAAAAAAAAAAAAAAAAAAUGACUUGUGAUCUGGACGAGCUUUUCUGAGAAACAGUGACCUUGGGGAAUCUGUAAACAAAAGACCGUUUUCUAAGAGUUGAAGGUGCGGGGGGGACUGUGUCAUGAAAAAAGAAUUAGGUGACAGGAAAAAAAAUAAAUAAAAAAGAAAUUGAUAUUCAAAGUAUUUUAGGCAAAGCUGAGUCCAAAUGCUUUCAUGAUAUUUUGAGAUGUAAAUUUUGUCUGAUUUGUAUUGUUCUUUUCAUUUGCCUUCUUAACUUUCUAUGUGACCUGAAUUUUCCAUAACUUGAUGACUAUAGAUUGCAUCUAGGCGUUCCAAUAAAAGCCAACCCGA